ACCUUCGUCACUUCUAAACCAACCUACCUUCUGCGAUUUCAUCUUCACUUCAAUCCCAUGGCUACUAUACACGGAUUUCCCACUUUUCUUUUCUCACUACUGUUGGCUCUGGGUCUAUGUUCUGCUACAAGGACCCUUCUCACCUUUGAUGCUGGAUAUGGUGUAGGCCAUGGCAUUGCUGGUGGUUAUGGUGGUGCUGCUGCUGGAAGUUAUGGAGCUGGUGGAGGUGGCGGCUCGGGUGGUGGCGGUGGAUAUGGUGGGGAGCAUGGAGUUGUUGGGUAUGGAGGUGGUAGUGGCGGAGGACAGGGUGGGGGAGUAGGAUAUGGUGGUGAUCAUGGAUAUGGUGGUGGUGGUGGAAGUGGUGGCGGUGGCGGUGUGGCUUAUGGUGGUGGGGGAGAGCAUGGUGGUGGUUAUGGUGGAGGUGAAGGAGGUGGAGCAGGAGGGGGAUAUGGAGCCGGUGGGGAACAUGGCAUUGGGUAUGGAGGAGGUAGCGGUAGUGGUGCUGGUGGUGGAGGUGGGUAUGGUGCAGGAGGAGCACAGGGAGGUGGAUAUGGUACGGGUGGAGGAGCUGGUGGUGGUGCAGGAGGACAGCAAGGGGGCAGUUACGGGGGUGGUCAAGGAGGUGGAGGGGGAGCAGGUGGAGGAUACGGUGAAGGUGGGGUACAUGGUGGUGGUUAUGGUGGUAGUGGUCAAGGAAGUGGAGGUGGAGCAGGUGGAGGGUAUGCUGGUGGUGGUGGACAAGGAGGUGGAGCUGGUGGAGGAUAUGGUGCGGGUGGAGAGCAUGGAGGUGGAUAUGGUGGUGGACAAGGAGGAGGAGCUGGUGGAGGAUACGGUGCGGGUGGAGAGCACGGUGGAGGAUCAGGGGGUGGUCAAGGAGGUGGAGCUGGUGGAGGGUACGGUACCGGUGGAGAGCAUGGUGGAGGAUAUGGGGGUGGCCAAGGAGCUGGAACAGGCGGAGGUUAUGGUGGAGAGCAUGGUGGUGGCUAUGGAGGAGGUCAAGGAGGUGGAGGUGGAUAUGGUGCUGGUGGAGAUCAUGGUGCUGCUGGCUAUGGAGGUGGUGAAGGAGGUGGAGCUGGGGGAGGGUAUGGUGCCGGUGGGGAACAUGGCAUUGGGUACGGAGGAGGUGGUGGAAGUGGAGGUGGGAGUGGAGGAGGUUAUGGUGAUGGAGGAGCCCAUGGAGGUGGAUAUGGUGGCGGCGCCGGUGGAGGAGGUGGGUAUGGGGCAGGUGGAGCACAUGGUGGUGGUUACGGAGGAGGUGGUGGAAGUGGUGGGGGCCAUGGUGGCUAUGUUCCCUAAGAAUUUGUCUACAAAGCACACUAGAUUUCGAAGUGAAGCCUUGGAAAGAAUAAGCAUGAUGAUAAUAAUAAUAACUUAACAAGCACCUUUUUAUAAACUAAAGAUUUUUAUGUACGCAAAUAUAUCUAUAAUUAUUAAUUGCAUUACGGUAAAACUAUUCUCUUCUUCUUGUACUUGUUUUUCUAUUUAUAUGGAAGAAAUAUGCUGAGUUUGAGAAUCUCUUUCUGCUC